AUGAAAACUGGAAAUUUCAAGAUCCCCAUGACACAUAAAAGCCAUGAUGAUCAAAAAAAUCAGACUGGUGUCAGUCCUGGAAAUCCGGAAAAGUGGGGGAUCACCGUUGAUACACUUAGAAUUCGGCGUGAACCAUUGUACAAUGGUCACACACCCACACUGCUAUUACUCCAAUGA